GAAAAAGUGAUGCAGGCAAUCAGUCAAACUCCUCCACUCCCACCACUUCACCAAACACAAAUAUCACUGAAGUCCCUCAGUCAAAUCUCUCCACUCUCACCACUUCAUCAACCACACCUGCAGACACCACCACCAAAGUUUCAGACUCCUCACACACACGUUCCUCUUCACUCUCACUCCCAUACUCCACCUUGCAACAACAAAACACCAACACCACUGCAGAAACAGGCCCCUCACCCUCACACACUCCUGCACAAACCCCACUAUCACCAGCAACUCAACCAGACACCACCUCGCCACCAAACACCACAAUCACACCUCUCACCUCCACGCAACCCAACUCAACCUUACACACAUUCACCAGCAUCACGGGUACCACAGAAAUCCCAUAUUGGCAAAAGAAUGGGCGAUUUCAGCACAGAUCCAGCACCUCAUUGGAAAUCUUCUGGAAUUCACUCGAGGGACAUCAAUGCUCAGGGUUUAAAUGGGACAGGUAUUCAGCCAACUGCACUGGUGGAAGCAAUCAUCGGGUGA